AUGGCUGUACCUAGUUUCCAAGAUGUUCCUGAUCUUACUGGAACCUGGGUAUUGAACCGAAAGCUGUCAACCGAUCCAGAUGACGUUUUCGUCUUGCAAGGCGUACCUUGGGUUGUCCGAAAGGUCUUGCGACAUGCCCGGCUUUCGUUACAAAUCAGCCAGACCACUUCUCUAUCCGCUAAAGAUGGCCCAUGCAUAGAGGGAGACUCCAAUGAAGGUUCUGAUCUGGCCACCGAUGUGAAACCAGUCACAAGCCUACGUAUGAUACAAACUGUCAAUCCAGGGGGAUUUGACAGCGAAGGGAGUUAUUCAGUCGAUGGAACCCCACAGGAUGUCUCGCUGCCUAUUUUCGGAGAUAUUGAGAUGCAGCUUCAAUUUGUGAACAUAUCUGCUAUACUGGAAGACACCAUCCGUCAGGUUCUAGAAGUGGCUAGCCUGAGUGGCAAGGUGAUUCAAGAAUUAGCCCAGAAUCCAUCAAAGGGAUGGGAAGCGGAAGUGAUUUGGGGAUUUGAAGAGCUCGAUGGAAAGAGAUAUUUGACGCGAAAUAUUAGCACGACAAAGGAGGAGAAGAAGGUUAUCGCUAAGAUGGUUUACGAUGGUCCAAAUUAG